AUGGACGCCGCGGAGGAUCGUGAUGUGAAGCUCCAGCGAGCGUCAAAUCAUCUUGUGGCCGAGUUCUCCAGUCGGCUGCCAAAGUUGCUCUGGAAGACUGUGCCGGAAGCUACCUCUCACCGAACCCCACGCAAAUGGGCUGAAGCAUCCAAAACAGAGAAGCUGGUGGCACUGCUUGAGCCUUUUCAAGAGUGGCCUCAGCUUCUGGACCCAUAUUUGCAGAAGUUGCUCCCUUCAUUAGUGGAUGCAUUCUUGGCUUAUCUGGUGAGGCACCGCGGAGAAUAUGGCUCUCAACCCACACAGGGCCCUCGGAAAGUUGCUUUCUACCCGCUACCACGGGCAAUCUGCCGACUUCUCUAUACUUUUUGCAAAGUUCGUGGAGUGAAAGUUAUAAGCCGAUUCUUCAACAAUGAACCGAAAUACUUGGACUCGAUGUUGCGCGCCUUUGUUGAGUGGGACAACCCAAAUGAUGCGAAUGAGACCACAGAAACCAGUUUGACGGAGUCACGAAGUCUGCAAUGGCAGGAACGCUAUGUGAUGCUUGUCUGGCUUUCACAUCUUCUACUAGCGCCAUUUGACCUGGCCUCGUUAUCGUCUGACGACAUUCCUGUGCCUUUUGACAAUUUGAAGGAGCUGGAUAAACUCCCAGACCACACCCCGAUGGUGGCGAGAUCUUUGUUAUCGCUCGCUGUUCAUUACAUCAAUGUGUCCGGCAAGGAACGCGAGGCUGCGACUGCCCUUCUAGCGCGGCUUGUGUUACGUGGGGAUAUGCAGGCUCUGGGAUUCCUAACAAAGUCGAUGAGGUGGGCUUUUACGACAAUCAACCCGUCUGAUGAGAAAGAAAUACCGUCUGUCUACUCCUGCAUUGGUAUUCUGUCCUUCAUCGCCCGUCUCGUCGGCUCAGGUCAACUCGAAGACCUGGCUCCCUUAUUGCAGACUAUCUUCGAUGAAACACUGAGGAUCGUGCAAGGGAUCACGCUUGUCUCAACGGUUGCUCAGACCUCAGCAUCAGCUCGGAAAAUUGUCGUAAAGAUUUUGCGCAAUGUUACAGUCAUGGCCCUAUCCCUAAGUGAGAGAGGAAACAGCAGCAUGGCCGAUGACAGGUUGUCUAGCAUUCUGGAGGAGGCUAUUGACCACUUCUUGAAUGCCUUGGCAGACAAAGACACACCUGUGCGUUUUGCUGCGAGUAAAGCUCUCAGUGUCAUCACCUUGAGACUCGAGCCAGAAAUGGGUACAGAGAUCAUCGAAGCCGUCAUUGGCUCCUUAGGAGAGAACAUUCUCUACGAGAAGGAGGACGGCACUUUGAUUACCGCGUUUGAGGCACGUCGUGCAGGAUUGCAUUCUCUCAAGCGUAAUCUGAGUGGAGUUGAUGCUCAACGUUGGCAAGGGCUUAUGCUUACCCUAUCUCAUCUUCUAUUUCGCCGCGCACCCCCAACCAAACAAUUGCCUGAGAUUCUUCAAUCGCUUGUUGCUGGCCUUGGAUUCGAGCAAAGAUCAUCCACCGGUGGUUCUGUUGGAACAGGCGUCCGUGAUGCUGCGUGCUUCGGAGUCUGGGCCUUGUCACGGAAAUAUCUCACCUCGGAGCUGCAGGCCCUCCAAAGCCAGACUAUUCCGGCAUUUUCAGGCUCGACAGAAGUUGAUGUCUUGCAGAAGCUUGCUGUUGAGCUUGUAAGUUCCGCGUGCGUGGAUCCUUCUGGCAAUAUUCGGCGCGGAGCCUCCGCCGCGUUACAAGAACUGGUCGGUCGUCAUCCGGACACUAUCAGACAAGGCAUCCUUCUCGUUCAGGUGGUGGAUUAUCACGCCGUUGCGCGCCGUUCCAGGGCGAUGAUAGAAGUUGCCAAGGCCACCGCAUGUUUGGACCAACUGUACUGGGCUCCUUUGGUUGAGACUCUGCUGCAGUGGCGAGGUAUUUGCUCACCCGACGCCGAGUCCAGAAGACAUGCCGCCCAAGCCGUUGGUAUAUUAAGCAAGCAGCAAAAGUUUGCAUCAAUCCAGGUGGUCAUGGAUAGAUUACUUGCUAAACUACCCGGAUUGGCUCGAAGCGAUGUUGAGUCGCGACAUGGUUGCAUGCUUUCUCUGGCUGCUACGGUUGAUAUUUAUCUGAAUGAAUGGAUGUUGUCGCCAGAUCUUAGGGACUCGACAGAGGCGAAGGCUGUUGCGCUCCAGGUGGGCAGAUUGUGGGAGGUAUUCGUGUCACCGUCUGGACCUACGGACAAUGAUUUGACUCUCCGAAGCUUCCGCCCUGAGCUAACUUCGGAGGCAUCAGCUAAACUGAUUACAUCACUUUCCCAAGUCGUCCAGUCUACCGGGAUGUCAGGUCCUUCCGAUCCAGUGCUGAAUCGUGUGCUGCACGUCCUUUCUCUAUGCGUUUCCCGAAGAGACGAUAUCUCCAUUGAGACAGCAUCUGAGGCUCUAUCCGCAGUCUUCCCUCUUCUGGAUUCAACGAAGCAGGAAGACACCGUGCGGGGUUGGAUCCAUCAUCUUCGUUCCUCAUCCAAGCUGCCUACUGGUCGUGGACAGAUUCUUGCUAUUGGCGCAGUAUACAAGCAGCUUGAAGGAUGUCAAACUGUCCAGCAGGAAAUCGUAAGCGAGAUACUCAGAUCCUCGGGCAAGGAUGAGCUGAUCGAGAAACGGGUCGCCGCUGUGAGUUGCGUGGCGGCAAACAUCUUGCCAUACACUGUCAUAGUAGAUGAGAUCGCAGAGAAUGUCCUGGAGUAUCUCAACGAUUACACUACAGAUAGACGAGGCGACAUCGGAUCGCUGGUUCGAGUGGAAGCCAUCAGCGCAGUGAGCCUUCUCCUGCAACCGAAUUCUCCGCUACCAUGUACUUCACCACUUGUCAGAAGACUAGUGGGUAGUUUAUGCCGUCUGUCCACCGAGAAGCUUGACAAGGUCAGACUGCGUGCUUGGCUUUGCCUGCAACAAGUCUGGGAGAUGAAUAAUUUGGAUCUACCUGCAAUGCAAAGAAAAUAUGAGCAUUUCAGCAAUGUGUCCUCGACAGAGUAUUUUGAGCAAUUACUCACGCUUUACUCUCUCGAAUGGCUACGCAGACCUUUGCUGCAAGGUUUUAUCACAUCAGCAACAGCGGGCGCUGACGGUCUCAUUCGCGCAACACGUUCAGCUUUUAUCGGAUUUGUGGUCUCACACGACCCUGCGAGUCAGCAGGUUUUAUUGACUGAUACACUCAAAGAUCUUGCUCUUGUUCUCGGUUCGAACCUUCAAGACGACCGCUACGCAAUUCCUGCGGUUGACUUUCUCGUAUUCUUGAUUGACAGCUUUGUGGUGCCAGAUCAAUCGGAGUAUGAUGCCGUGUUGCGAGAAGUCUUCGUCUUGGUACAGAAAUUCCAUUCCCGAUCAACAAGCAUCCAAAGACUGGAGUCUUCUGUCAAGGUCUACGCAGCGCUCUCGCGAGUUGACUCAUUGCGUACCGAUGUUCUAAAGAAGCUGACUGGCAUCUUGCUUCAUCCUUUCCCGAGAGUCCGUGCUUGCGCCGCCGAUUAUCUUUUUGCAGUUGUUGGCUCAGAUUUAGUCAAGUAUGAAGACUGGUCUGCUCAACCCAAGCACUUGAAGCCAAAGGUGGCGGAACUGAGGACCACGCUGCUACCUGUU